CCGAGCAACUCGUAGCCCGGAAGCAGUACCCCGUCUCGCUCGGUUCCGCGGCGGCCGCGCUCCGGGAGACUUCCGGCAGGGCGGGCGCGGGGUCUUGGCGAACGGUCUUCGGAAGCGGCGGCGGCGCGAUGACCACGCUACGGGCCUUCACCUGCGACGACCUGUUCCGCUUCAACAACAUUAACUUGGAUCCACUUACAGAAACUUAUGGGAUUCCUUUCUACCUACAAUACCUCGCCCACUGGCCAGAGUAUUUCAUUGUUGCAGAGGCACCUGGUGGAGAAUUAAUGGGUUAUAUUAUGGGUAAAGCAGAAGGCUCAGUAGCUAGGGAAGAAUGGCACGGGCACGUCACAGCUCUGUCUGUUGCCCCAGAAUUUCGACGCCUUGGUUUGGCUGCUAAACUUAUGGAGUUACUAGAGGAGAUUUCAGAAAGAAAGGGUGGAUUUUUUGUCGAUCUCUUUGUAAGAGUAUCUAACCAAGUUGCAGUUAACAUGUACAAGCAGUUGGGCUACAGUGUAUAUAGGACGGUCAUAGAGUACUAUUCGGCCAGCAACGGGGAGCCUGAUGAGGACGCUUAUGAUAUGAGGAAAGCACUUUCCAGGGAUACUGAGAAGAAAUCCAUCAUACCAUUACCUCAUCCUGUGAGGCCUGAAGACAUUGAAUAACCCUGGGCAGUGGUUCUUAGGCAGAUACUCUAGAUGCUUUAUGGACAAUAUUAUUUUCAUUGGAUGAUUCUGGAGCUCUAUUAGGAGAAAAGUAAUCAUUUUAGGUCUUAAAGACUUCAAGAAAAUACAGGUUAUCAAUUUAUUUUAAAUCUCAUUGUUUCCAGUUAGCAAUAUCAUACCUAUUAAAGCUGUUCAUUGUAACAAAAUUCAAUCAAAAAGGCAGCUAGGUCAGAAGGAAACAUACCACUCUCAUGGUUCAUAGUAUUCACUGUAUGUAUGCUAGGGAAAAGACUUGCUCCAGUCUCCUCCUCAAUUCUGUGCCUGAGAACCACUGCUGCAUAUAUUUGUUUUUAAAUUUUGUAUUGAACUGUUAAUUGAAGCUUUAAAAGCAUAUAUGAAAUGUAUAAAUCUAAGAUGUAUAAUACAUUGUUGACUCUA